AUGAUCGCGAAUUGCCCAAGGACAUUUGCGUUAUUUCUGCAGUUCUCCGAUAGCGCCCAGCUCGGUGUCUAUGGUUUGCGUACUGCUUCCACCAUCGGCUCAGGACCUCCUGCGGUGCGACUCGCUAGCUUCUGUUCCACCGCCGUACGCGUCCAAAUCACCUCUGCCAGGCCUGAGAUGCACGAGGGGGUUGAUGAUAGCGCACUGCGCGCCGACAUCGACGCACAGCCCUUGUUGCAUACUUCCCGACGCCCUGGCUGGGUGAAACAGGUCACCCCUGCAAUUCCCAGAAGCCCUGCCCAGCAGUCGAUGGCACCCGCACCUAGCAGGCUUUCGACAGGCACCCGAUUUUUCUGGAACGUCUGUGAUCCUGGGAUACCUGACUUGGGCCAGGACCCUUGUCCAAAUGCGGCAACUUUGCAACGGUGUAGUGUAAUGUUUGUAAUGGGAAAUAACAAACAUAUGGCCCUACCGGUCUUCGGAAGCCAUCCUGGACGCUGUGCUCUCCGUAGACAGAUGUAUAUCCUUGCCAACGGAUGUGUAGAGGCGGGAACGUUGAGCGACCGGCCUGGUGACAGCUGGACCAUGUGCGGUAGUGGAUUCACUGAGUACUCACAAUGCUUUGUUUUGCCUUCGGUAGCUGAAGGGAUCUUGAUGGUAGAUGCUAGGAGGACGCGACGGCGAACGGAUACCUCCAAGGUAAUGAGACAGGAGACGGAUCUUACACUGGCGUGA